AUGACAACAGCAGUAGAAACAACUGGAAAAGUUCAUUGUGUUACGUGUGAACAAGCAAAUGUUUUAUAUGCAUGUGAAGGUUGUUCACAACGUUUUAGCUUUGAUCAUUUGAAAGAUCAUCGUCGAGGACUUAAUAGACAAGUGGACACAAUAACAAAUGAGCGUAAAAAUGUUGUACAAAUAUUAACUAAGCAAAAAACUGAACCACUAAAUCAUUUUUUAGCAAAACAAAUUGAUGAUUGGGAACGUAGAUCAGUUAAUAAAAUCCGAAGAGCAGCAGAUGAAGCAAGAGAUUUAUUUCUCACAUACGUUUCGGAAUAUAUUAGUGAAUUAGAAUUUGAAUUCACUGAUUUAUCUCCACAGUUGACACGAAUUAAACAAGAAAAUGUAAUCGAUGAGAUUAAUUUAAAGGAAUCUAAACAAAAAUUACUUCGAAUAAAAAAAGAACUUGUUAAACUACCAAAUAUCAUACUUCAACAAGAUCCUUCACCUUUUGUUUCGAAAUUAUUUAUCGUCGAUUCACGGCGUGUAAAUAGACAAGGUGAUGUAAAUCUUCAAUAUCAUCAACAAUUAUCUCCAUACGAUAAUCCAUCAUUGAGAGGUAGUCGAAAAAAUUCAACAACUAGUACAAUUAAUUCACGACAUAAACCAGCAGUUCAUUUAUUAAAUGAACCUGAUUUUAGUCAUCAAGGAAAAAGUCCUGUUCAACCACUGAUGGAUAUAAGCACAUCUGAUAUGAAUAAUAAAGUAUUACGUGUUAUUAAAUCAAGUUUAAAUAAACUUACGACACAAACAUAUGAUAAAAUACAAAAACAACUUGAAACGUUAGAAAUCGAUCGUUAUGAACAGUUAAAAGGAAUGAUUGAUAUAUUUUUUUUAAAAGCUGUUGAUGAACCAGCAUUUUGUUCUCUAUACGCUAAAUUAUGUAGACAAUUUCAAAAAAAACGAGUAACUGCACUCGGUCAAGAUGGUAAAACAGUAACAUAUUCUUUUCGUCAAAUAUUAUUAACACGUUGUCAAACAGAAUUCGAAAAUGAUUAUCGUCAAGAAAUUGGCUAUGAAAAACGAAAAAAUGAACUAGGAGCUAUUACCGAUCAAAAACAACGUGCAGAAGAAGCUGAAAAAUUAGAAGAAGAUCUUAUUAAAGCUAAAUUAAGAAAAUUAGGAAAUAUUUUUUUUAUUGGUGAAUUAUUUAAAUUACAAAUGUUAACUGAUAAUAUUAUCUAUGGUUGUAUUGAAUAUUUACUUUUUGGUAAACCUGGUGAAGAAAAUCUUGAAUUUUUAUGCUGUCUCUUACAUACGAUUGGUAAAGAACUUGAUGAUAAAGUCAGUGAAAACUCUUCAAAUGAAUCCAAAUUGGAUAAAUAUUAUCGUGAAUUAGAUAAUAUUAAUAAAGAACGUAGAACAUCAGAACGUAUUUAUUCUAUGAUACAUGAGCUUUUAGAAUUAAGACGAGCUUCAUGGGUUGCUCAUCCUGUCGAAGAAGCAAAUCCGACAACGAUUUAUGAAAGUCUUGGACAAGAUCGCGAUCAACAACAACUUCAUGGCACUACAACUGGUACUGCUCAUCCUAGAAAUAGUGAAGAUAAAGUAGAAAAUAGUUUAAAUGUUAGCGUAUUAGAACUAUUACAAUCAAAUGAUAAACAAAGUCAAAAACAAGCAACUGUUGGUUUAGCACCAAAACGUUCAUGGGCAGAACGAUCUGAAAUCGAAAUAAGACUUGAACAAGCUCGUUUAUUAGCUGAACGUGCUAAUAAAUCACCUGCUGAACCAGUUCAACAAGUAAAAAUUGAAAUUAGUUCCUCUCAAGAUGAUCUAUCGUAUCCUCUUCAAGGUCAAUCACCAUUUGAACUAGCACGUGAGCAUAGUCAUCGUGAUCGUGAAAAUGCUUUACAAUCUUUACGAAAAACAAUUACUGCUAGUGGAAUAAAUAGUUCAGUAGAUGCUUCUGUUAGUUCAUCUAUAACAAUUUCAUGUGAAGAUUCAUUUAAUAUUUGCCGUAAAGAAUCUUGUAAUAUAUCACAUGCAUCAAGUGUCAGUGAACUCACAUCGAUUUCUAGUGUAACACCUCAAACGAGAGAACAAACUCAAGCUCGUGUUCAUUCACUUGUUGAAGAAUAUACUGAAAAGUAUCCAUUAUUUAGCGAUCGACCUGUUAAAGAAGGAUUGCAAGAUUUAUUUGCUUUUUACACACCAAGCCAUGAUCAACAAGCAAUUAUUGUUCGAGAAUUAUUUAAGAAUAAUUUAGAAGCUAAACCACUAGCUCGACAAGGUGCUGGACAUUUACUUAAUGCUACACUUAAUGGAAGCAUUAUAUCUACUGACGCUUUUAUUUCAGGUUUUAAAAUGAUUCUUGAAGUUGCAGUUGAUUAUGCAGUUGACGUUCCUGAAAUCUGGCAGUAUUUUGGUGAAAUAAUUGGUGCAUUUAUUGGUGGUUCAACUUCAAAUAUGUCAUUAAUAAAACCAAUUUUACAAUCUGUCCCAGAAGAUAUAUCGAACGAAUUAUUUCAAUAUAUUAUUCACUAUGCAACGGAAUUUUCGUCUCAAUCACGUUUACAAGAAUUCUGGCAAACAUCUGGUAUAUCUAUUAAGGAUGUACUUAAAUCUGAUCGUAUUGAUCCUUCAUUUAUGGAAGCAUAUGAUUGGUUAUUUGCUACACCUGAAAAUGAACCUUUAACAGUUCAAACAAAAGAAAAUGUUUCUCCACGUGCUGAUUCUCAACUUGUUAAAUUAUUUAAAUCUGUUAAUGAUCAAGGUACAACAGUAACUGAUCAGGAAAUUAUUACAUAUAUUUCUGAACAUAUGGAUCCACAUGAAAAAUUUUGUAUUCGAAAUAUUGUUUUAUCUUAUUUGGAAGCAUGUUUAGAUACUCAUAGUUCACAAAAGAAAAUUCAAGAAGAUAUUGCAAGAGAACGAAUGACUAUACUCAAUGAUAUUAUUGAACAUGACCCAGAAGUAGAACUUGAAGCUGUUUAUGCUAUUCAAAAUUUUGUUAAUAAACUUGGAAAUCCACCAAAAAUGGCUCGACAAUUAUUUCAUAUAUUUUAUGAUGAAGAAUGUAUAAGUGAAGAUACAUUUUAUGAUUGGCUCGACCAACCCGAUCCAUCUGAUACUGAAGGACAUGCUGCUAUUAAAAGCACACAAUCUCCAUUUUCAUCUAUUUCUCCUCGUCAUUACACAGCUAAUCUUUCUUCUCUGUGGACAGAAUUGGAUUAUCAACUUUGGAAACAAGAGAAAUAUUUUCCUCAUAAUAAUCCAAGAGGUAGUAUUAUUUACAUGAUCAUGACAGGUAAUUCAUUCUUACGUUCCCGUUGUGAUAUAAUUAUGUGUACUAUUGGAAUUACACUACAUCCAUCUCGUUUAUUUUUCGUUGGCGAAACAUCAUCUGAUAGUCGUCUACCAAUAUAUGAUGUGAUUACGUCUGAUACACCAAGACCUAUCAGUCGUGCUGGAAGUAUGCAAAAAUUAGCACAAGGACUUGCAAUGAUUAGCGAGAAAAUAAAUCAAAGUAAAUACAAAAAUGAAUUACAAUGGAUUAUGGUUAUGGAUGAUGAUACUUUUGUGUCUCCACCAAAUUUAGAAUUAUUAGUUUCGGAAUAUGAUUCUCGACGUUCUCUUAUGAUCGGUCAAUCUACUUGUGGAGUAGGCUUUUGUGGUGGAGGAGGAUAUAUUAUUUCUAAAGCUCUUUUCAAUCAAUUUCCAUCGUUUAUUAGACAAUGUCGACCAUCAUUUGAACUUUCUCAAAGUGAUCAAUUUAUUCCACAAUGUAUUAAGAAUAGAACACACGUUGAAAUUAUCGAUAGAAAAGAGUUUAACUCUCAACCACCUGAAUUUUAUUCUACAGAAGCUGGAUAUAAAGAUCAUCCGAAUGGCUUUGGAAGAGCAGUCAGUUUUCAUUAUAUAAGACCAGCUACAAAAUAUAUUGAGCUUUGGCGAUUGCAUCAAGCGUUUAUGAGACCAAAUUAG